AUGACAGAUCGAUUGAAAACGUCAGAUUAUCGAGACUCGCGAUUAAUUGUUUCCCCAUCGAUAUCUAUCUUUUCGAAAGACCCCGAGAACACGGAGGCGGCCGAUCUGCAGAGGAAGCUGGAAAUGCUGAACAACAUGAUGGACCAGGAGGCGCGGGCCGAACAGGCACGAAGGCAGAUAUUGUACAAUAUAGGCCACUCGGGAUACUCAGAGGACUCCGACUACACGUCGGAUUUGAAUUAUCCAGUAGGUGGGCAGGGCGCGAACAGCUCGGCCUCGCAGUUUCGUACGGCGGCUAACCAAUUGGCUACACCUCAAAGGUCCCUCGAGACGUCGAGAGAAAAUAGUUACGAGAGAGACGAUCAUCAGAUUCCAGUCACCGUCGGAGGAAGGCUGGCACCUGGUAAUUACGGAAGUUACGGAGGUUCGGCUCACAGUCCGAGAUAUGACGAGCCAUAUCCGGAGGACGGUCUACCGCAGCGGUACUUGCAGGGCCAGCAGCAUCCUUCAGAGUCUUCCGAGCCACUCUUCUACAACAGUAGACCGAAGCACUAUAAGGAAUACAGACGACGGAAGCACACGUGGGAUUACGAGGACAGCCAAGACGGCUGGUACAGCGAGGGUACAUACGAUUAUCGUAGCACGAGGGUCGAUGAUACGAGAAUUUAUAGCGAUACUGAAUAUUACUCCAACAACACGACGUCUACUACAAGAAGACCGAGAGGAAAAGCAAUUCCGUAUAGAAGACCGUCUCUGGAGAGACAGAUGACCCUAUACGACGAUCACUCGUAUUACGCUGAUGGAUAUAUCGACGGUAGAGUGGGUAAAAUGAGCGCCACGUAUCCGGAAUGCGAGACGGAUAUUAGGUAUAACGAAUACUAUGAUACCAUAACGGGAUACGUCUAUCAGGAUGAGAGAUAUGGUCAGGACGAUGAGGACAGACAGUGGGACAGUGGAGGGAAACGAUUCUUAGGAACAAAUACGCACUAUGAAAAUAAACGAAACCGAAAGACGCUUCCACAGAGGCCGGCUUCGAGCAUCGGUAUACAUCGGCCGGACUACAGACCCACUGUUACCAGACAGCGUAGCUAUGAAUCGGAUGAGCUCGACUAUAACGGAUAUAAUACUCGUCGCCGGAAGAUCUUGCAGCCGCAGCAACGUCCGAUGUCGCGGCAGGAGGGUGGCACCGGUAAGAAACUACCUCCGACCCCGACCAAACCGAGCAACGUGGUGAUCAACCGUAAGCUCGCUUCUCUGCCCGCUACGCCGAGCAGACAACUGCCAAAGACUAGAACGCCCUCCGAGGAGAGCUACUACAAAUCCGACUAUAAUGAGGACUAUAAUUACGCUUAUCGUAGUCAGGACAAUCUGCCGCAGGACACGUAUACGGAGAACAUUUAUAGCCAGCAGCAGAGCAGUCAGACCGACUCCGUUAACAAGACUCGGUAUCCCGAGGUAAAUCAGGAUAAUCAGUACGGUUAUACGCCGCAAGUCGAUGGCCAAUAUGGUCAAUCGUAUCCAGAGCAACAACAAAUGCCGAAUAGCUACGAACAGACAACGUACGCGCAACAGAACUCAUACAAGGACGAGUACCAGCAACCUUACGCGCAGCAAAACACUCAGGCGUAUCAAGAAGCGUAUCUGGACACGACAUAUCCAGUUGCUAGCCAGGCGAACGAUCACCAGUACGCGAAUCAGGCAAAGAAUCAGUACGACAAACCCGACGGCAUGAUAAUUGAGGACAAUUAUCACGAGAUGGGCUUUGAUCAGAACAACGUUCAAUAUCAACAGCCGGAAUACAAGCAGCAGGACGUUUAUCAAGAGCAAUACGACGAUUACGGUGUUACUACCGUGCCGACGAGCGUUUACGAUCAAAAUAACGUCACGAACACCUAUAAUCAGUAUCAGCCGGAACAGUAUGAUUCCCAGUACAAUAUCAAUACGUCGACCGAUUAUCAGAAGACUUAUCAAGAGACGUAUAAUCAAGUGCCUGUUACGUCACAGGAUAAUUAUCAGGAAUCCUAUACCAAGCAGCCGCAGGAAGAUUUCGUAGACUAUCAUACUCCGUAUAGUAAGCAGAAUGACGUGCCUACGACGUAUAAUUAUCAAGAGUCGUACGACGAGUAUCCAGACUCGUAUCAAGGGUCCUUUGAGGAGCAGCGUUACAAAGAGGAUACAGCGACGGCGACGGACAGAAGACAGAGCGAAGUGCCUGAGCUAUCCGUGACCACGCCACGAGGUCAGACAAGACCGAAUGGUUAUCCAUCGAGCGAAUCGGAAUAUAUCUAUCAGUCUCAAGAAAAUGAAGAUGCGUUGAGCAACUCGAGAAGAAAGAAACUCAGCAAGCGCGAGGCCAGUCCGCUUCUUCAGCAGAAUACGGACUCGCUCGAGUCGAAGGACGACGAGCUGAAGGACUCGUUCGAAACUGCCGUGAGCUCCAACAGCAGUCAACUCAAGAAGGCGUACAGCGAGUACUCGACAGCGGGUGACUCGAGUCCCGCGCCCGCCACCUUAGUUGAGUCUCCUCAGAAUGUCGCUCAAUCACAGGCGAUGACGAUAGGCAAUCAUGUGACGGCCAACCACGUAACCACUACCGCGAUGGUCCACACCACUACGAAUAUCGUGAACGGGAAACGACCGUUGGCCAGAACGGAUUCCUAUCAGGAGGAUAUUAUCGAUGAUGAAGAUUAUCCAGAGAUUAUUCCUAAAGAGACACAGCGAAAGGAUUCGCAACUGUCGCAUCAGAAUCAGCACUCUCAGCAAACGCUCUCGCAGAAACCGAAACUCACGAGAGGGGACUCUUACGUCUCGGAUAACUACACCGAGGAUUCUUACGGUCGUAGAGGAUCGUACGCUCAACUGCCUAGAAAGGAUUCUUUCUCGUCGACCACUGAAGUAUUCAAACCGCCUCUCACCAGGACCGAUUCGUAUCAACAGAAAGAACUACGAGGUAGCAACUACGGACAUAACUUUACGCCGCAUCCCAUCUCCAGAGCGGAGAGCUAUCAACGCGGUCACUUCAAGGAUCAGGAGUCGAUAGAUCAGAGCGAUAUUGUUCUCAGCAACACAGUGAACGGUGACUACCAGAUGCGGGACGAGACUCUUGAGAGGUACGAACGAGGUGAGGAAGCCUUACUUCGUAACUCUCGUGAGGACUCACUUGAUCAGUACAAAGAAACUCCGCCUUUGUCGCAUAUUGAAAGCCCGCGAGGGAGUAUAAUAAAGCAGGCGUCGUUGGAUGAAAGCGUUCAGAUGGACACUCCGCCGAGAAGUCCGCCAGAGCCGCCGGCCGACGAGGAACUCCUCGGGAUGGUCGGGGUCACGCCGGUGCCCACGCAACUGAAGGAACGUCCAGACAUGACGGCGAGGCAACGGUGGCACUGGGCGUACAAUCAGAUCAUCAUGCAGCUAAACGUACGUAAAAUUAAGACCUAA